UUGAAGCACCUAGCAGCUAGCAUACAGGCUACAUGUGUAAACCUGCUAAUUGGCACUUUUAAACUUCACUUUUGACGGUUUUUGCGACUUCUAGUAUGAGAACGGAGAGAAACGACAACACCUCUUGAGUCUACAGAUUGUCGUGUCAGGAUUUAUUAAUUAUUUCUAUUUUUUUUUCGGCGUGGACAUCCCUGCUGCCCUGAGGAAAUACAGCUGCUGAGUGUGGCUGAUUGGAGGUCCAGCGUCAGCCUGUAGUGCCGGAGGGUGAUGGAUCCUCUGGGCGCUCGCUCUCAGUUCGUGGACAUCCAGACUCUCCCCACGUGGCAGCAGCAGCUGGGUGAGGAUGGCGAAGAGACGCCGCUGGACCAGAGCGACAGCUUGCUCAACCAGCAGGCGUUCCCCUCGCCGUUCCCCUUCAGACCAGACAUCAACCGCAAGAUCAUCCUCUUCCGCGGUGACGUCGCCCUGCUGAACUGCACGGCCAUCGUGAACACCAGCAACGAGUCGCUGAACGACAAGAACCCGGUAUCUGACUGCAUCCAUCAGCUGGCCGGGCCCGAUCUGCGAGACGAGCUGCUCAAACUCAAAGGAUGUCGGACGGGGGAGGCGAAGCUGACCAAAGGCUUCAACCUGGCAGCGAGGUUUAUCGUCCACACUGUGGGACCAAAAUACAAAGCCAAGUACCGGACGGCGGCGGAGAGCUCGCUCUACAGCUGCUACAGGAACACCAUGCAACUGGCCGCAGAGCAGUCGAUGUCGUCUAUCGGCUUCUGUGUGGUGAACACGACCAAAAGAGGUUACCCACUGGAGGAUGCUACACACAUUGCUUUUAGGACUUUGCGCAGGUUCCUGGAGAAUCAUGGAAACAGUUUGGAGGCGGUGGUGUUUGCCGUGUCGGACACAGAGGAGCCGGUGUACAAGAAGUUACUGCCCCUGUACUACCCUCGCUCGGAGGAGGAGGAGAAGAAGUGCCUGCCUCUCAUCCCAGCUGACAUCGGCAACUCUGAGGGUGAACCCGUCGUCCCGGAGAGACAGAUCCGCAUCACAGAGAAACCAGGCACCCUGGAAGAUGAUUCUGAAGAGGAGAGUCUGGAGUCAGAUUUGGGCCAGGUGGGGAAUCACGCUUUCGCCCGGAUGGAGGGUGACGUGGACAAACAGCGGAAACAGAUCCUGCAGGGCCAGAUGUCAGAGGCGGCCAUCCAGAAACAACAUCAGAGGAAUUAUAAUCGCUGGCUGUGUCGGGCGAGAGCAGAGGAUCUGUCAGACAUCGCUGCACUGAAAGCUUUAUAUCAAACUGGUGUGGACAUGUGUGGCAGGACAGUGAUGGUUUUGGUUGGACGCAACAUUCCAGUGACCGUCAUCGACAUUGAAAAGGCUCUGCUGUAUUUCAUCCACGUAAUGGACCACAUCACAGUGAAGGAAUACGUGAUGGUUUACUUCCACACGCUGACCGGCGAGCACAACCACCUGGACACCGACUUCCUCAAGAACCUCUACGACAUCGUCGACGCCAAAUUUAAAAAGAAUUUGAAGGCCUUCUACUUUGUACAUCCAACAUUUCGCUCCAAGGUCUCAACGUGGUUCUUCACCACCUUCAGCGUGUCGGGGAUGAAGGACAAGGUUCGCUACCUGGACAACCUGCAGCAGCUCUUCACCUGCAUCAGACCCGAGCAGAUCGACAUCCCUCCGUUUGUCCUGGAGUAUGACGCACGGGUAAACGGACCGUACCGUCCCUCCCAUUCCUCUGGUCUGUGACAGGAGAGGAAAGAUGACGAGUCGGUGCAGCCUUCCAGGUGGAAG